AAUCAUUGAACGUACGCGUUCAGUGUAAGACUAGUACACAUCCGAAAGCGAAAGAAAAAAUUCUGGACUAGGGUUUUGCGGAAGUUUUCAAUCUGUGGAUCUUCUUCCCUGAAAUUGGCGAUCGAAUCAAUCUAGAUAAAGAAUUCAAGGUAAAGUCAACAAUGGAAAGAGCAGGGAAAGAAGAGGUGGUGGUGGUGGAAAAUUCAGAAGAUAUUAUUAACAAUAUGGAAAGACUACCAGAAGGAUGCAUAUCUGACAUCCUAUCCCUAACAACACCUGCAGAUGUGUGUAGGUCUAGUCUUGUUUCAACUCUUUUUAAAUCUGCUGCUGAUUCAGAUGCUCUCUGGGAGAAAUUUCUACCGCCCGAUUAUGAAAAGAUCAUUGCUAGAGCGUCGAAUCCUAUUUCAUCAGCUGCACUAUCUAAGAAAGAGUUGUAUUAUCGACUAUCCGAUGACCCACUUCUCAUUGAUGAUGGUCUUAAGAGCAUUCAGUUGGAAAAAUCUAGUGGAAAGAAAUGUAUCAUGCUUGGAGCAAAGGAGCUUGCAAUUGUUUGGGGAGACACUCCUCAGUACUGGUUUUAUCGAGGGUGCCCUGACUCCAGGUUUGCUGAGGUGGCUGAACUGCGUUCGGUAUGGUGGCUUGAUAUCCGUGGGAAGCUGGAAAUCCAAUUGCUAUCCCCAAACACCUUCUAUGUAGCUUACCUUGUGUUUAAGUUAAGGGAUUGUGCUGAUGGAUUUGAUGAUUAUGAACCUAUAAAGGCCAAAGUCGAAGUCAUUGGACAAGCUGGUGGUGAUACUAGUGUGUGUAGCGAAGAGAGACUUAUCUACUUAUGUGCUGGUGAGGAACAUUCUCCACCAGAUCCGUUGGAGCCUGAAUAUUUUGCACGGGAUAGACGAGAUGGAUGGAUGGAGGUUGAGAUGGGUCAUUUCUAUAACGAAGGAGGAGACAACGGGGGCGGGGAGGUGCAUAUGUCCGUGCUUGAGACUGAGAGAGGAGUACACAAGCGUGGCCUUAUUGUCCAAGGUAUGGAACUUAGACCCAUGGUAUACACAGAUGGUCAUUCUAAUCCAGAUCCAAAUGAGCUCCGUUCUAGCAGAAACAGGAGUAGGAGGGAAGACGUGCCGGAAGAGGAAGAGGAAGAAGAAUAACUGUAUCACCAUUUACUUUUGCUCAACCAUCAACUGGAUCAAGAGGAGGCAGGGGAUCAAGGGGAAGAAGAGGUGAAAGGAGAGGCAGAUGAUUUGUUCAACAAACAUGAGGAAUCCCUUAGUGUUGAGGAAAUGUAUUUGUGCCCGUCAUAACAAAAUUCACCAAUUUUAGAUCAUUUUUCCCCCUUUUAAUCUGUGCAAUUUGAGAGCUCUGAACUGUUAUAGCUCUGAAAAACUGAAUGAAGUUUUAGAAAAAUUGAUCAGAAAAUCAGAUUAAACUCGUGUAUAAAAGAAAAGGUAAUGGUCAGGUUCAC